AUGAUGAAGAACAAGACGGAAGUGACACACUUUCUCCUACUGGGACUCACAAGUGACCCUAGCCUACAGCUUUCACUCUUCCUCACCUUUCUCAUCAUCUACACUGUCACCCUCAUAGGGAACCUGGGGAUGAUUCUGCUGAUUGUCCUGGACUCUCAUCUUCACACUCCCAUGUAUUUUUUUCUAGGUAACUUGUCUCUGGUGGACUUUUGCUACUCUUCAGCAGUCACUCCAAAAGUUAUGGCUGGUUUUCUUAUAGAAGACAAGGUCAUUUCCUACAAUGACUGUGCUGCUCAGAUGUUCUUUUUUGUAGCCUUUGGUACUGUGGAAAAUUACCUCUUGGCAUCAAUGGCCUAUGAUCGCUAUGCAGCAGUAUGUAAACCCCUACACUACGCCACCACCAUGACUACACGUGUGUGUACAUGGCUGAUCAUUGGCUCUUAUGUCAUUGGUUUCCUGAAUGCUUCCAUCCACACUGGAGACACAUUCUGGCUCUCUUUCUGUGAAUCUAAUGUGGUUCAUCACUUUUUCUGUGAUAUCCCAGCAGUCAUGGUUCUCUCUUGUUCUGACAGACAUGCCAGUGAGCUGACUCUUGUCUAUAUAGUGAGCUUCCACAUAUUCUUUGCCUUCAUAGUUAUUUGGAUAUCCUACACAUUCAUUUUUGUCACCAUCCUGAAGAUGCAGUCAACUGCAGGACAUCACAAAGCUGUGUCCACCUGUGCCUCCCACUUCACUGCAGUCUCCAUUUUCUAUGGAACUGCUAUUUUUAUGUAUGCGCAGCCUAGUUCCAGUCACUCUAUGGACAGUGACAAAAUUGCCUCUGUGUUCUACACCAUGAUCAUUCCCAUGCUGAACCCUCUGGUCUACAGCCUGAGGAAUAAAGAUGUAAAGGGUGCAUUCAGAAAGAUCAUUUGGGAAGCAAAAUCCUCUUGA